ACAUCACAUUGUCUUCACAUAUUUUAUUCGACGGAACAGAAUCAUCAACAACAAAAAAACAACCAAAUUUAACCUUAAAAAUAUUAUAUUUACAACAUUUUUAAAUUUUAAUUUAAAAUCUCAUUCCAACAUUCAUCAUAAGAUUCCAAGUGUUUGGUUUUUGAUAUAAACCUUUCAAGAUCUCACGGGGCAUGAUCAGAACCUAAAAGACAAAUUCUUUUUCGUAUAAACAUUGUCUUCGGGAUCGUGAGUGAUUAUUUCACGACCCUAACGUUAAAGGGUUGUCUCUGAUUCUGUUUCUGUUUCAGUUUGAGGUUUUUUUGCCACCUUUAAGGUUUUGGUCGGAAAGUUUAGAUUUUUCACAUACCCUUUUAACUCUAAGCCAUGAUUUCAUCAUUGAGACAACCUAGUAUUUCGAUCAGUGGUUCUGAUGUUGUUUUAGGGAAAAGACAUGCAACCCUAGUUCAACCACAAUCGUUUUUACCUUGUCUGGUAAGAGGAAAAUCACAGAGAUCUGUUGUUUCAUUGAAGAAGCCUCUUCAUCUUGCAUGUGUUGGUGUUGGAAAUUUUGGGCCAGUGAAGAAUUUUGAGAGUUUUGGGAAAAGUGAUUUGGUGAAGUGUGGAGCUUAUGAAGCUGAUGGAUCAGAGGUUGAAGGUGGUGGUGUUGGAGCACCAUCAGAGGCUGCCAAGAAGGUGAAAAUUGGGAUAUAUUUUGCGACUUGGUGGGCUUUGAAUGUUGUGUUUAAUAUUUAUAACAAGAAGGUUUUGAAUGCGUAUCCUUACCCUUGGCUUACUUCGACUCUUUCGCUUGCUUGUGGAUCGCUUAUGAUGUUGAUCUCUUGGGCUACUAGGAUUGCUGAGGCUCCUAAGACUGAUCUUGAGUUUUGGAAGACUUUGUUCCCUGUUGCUGUUGCGCACACGAUUGGACAUGUAGCGGCUACGGUUAGUAUGUCCAAAGUUGCGGUAUCAUUUACGCAUAUCAUCAAGAGUGGCGAGCCUGCUUUUAGUGUUCUCGUUUCGAGGUUUGUUUUGGGCGAGACCUUCCCUGUGCCGGUCUAUCUGUCUUUACUUCCAAUCAUUGGUGGAUGUGCACUUGCUGCUGUGACUGAGCUUAAUUUCAAUAUGAUUGGUUUUAUGGGGGCUAUGAUAUCGAAUCUGGCAUUUGUGUUCCGAAAUAUCUUUUCCAAAAAGGGGAUGAAGGGAAAAUCCGUUAGCGGAAUGAAUUACUAUGCUUGUUUAUCUAUUUUGUCCCUUGCGAUUCUCACACCUUUUGCGAUUGCCGUGGAAGGACCGGCAAUGUGGGCUGCUGGAUGGCAAACAGCUCUCUCUGAAAUUGGACCCCAAUUCAUAUGGUGGGUGGCAGCUCAGAGUAUAUUCUAUCAUCUAUACAAUCAGGUGUCUUACAUGUCGUUGGAUGAGAUCUCUCCUUUGACAUUUAGCAUUGGAAACACCAUGAAACGUAUAUCUGUCAUCGUAUCUUCAAUUAUCAUCUUCCACACACCAAUUCAGCCUGUCAAUGCUCUCGGAGCCGCAAUUGCCGUCUUUGGAACCUUCUUAUACUCACAGGCUAAACAAUAGAGCUGAGGAAUAAAGAAAUCCUCGUUUUCAAACCUACAAGUUGAUUUUGGAACAUUUGGCUGCUGGAUUUUUGUAUGACUAGGAUGAUCUGGCUUUUUGUGCAUCUGUAUGUAGAUAAUAAAAAAUAAUAAGAAUCAGAAUAAUGCUGCUGAGAAAUAUUAUCAUUAAACAGAUGAUUAGUGAGUUCUUUUGUUUUCAAUUUCUGAAUUGCAAUAAAUGUUCCGGUUUAUAUAGUAAGAGAAUAAUAGUUUCUCAAAACAUUGUUUACUAUAAGGAGUUUAUUUAUAAUAUGUGAUGUGUUUGAUCUA